GCCUGCCCAGCUCGUGCCUCUGACUCGGAUGUCAUACUACACCCGUCGGUGAACUAGUAAGUACACUCUUCACUCUCAUAGCACCGCAAACUCCAACCUAACAAGGUGACCUCCAGGAAACCCAAGACCCUUCAGAACGGCCACGGCUCUCCAACCCGCAAAUGGCGCCUAUAAACACCAGUACGGGUGUAGAGGUACCGACCUCCCAAUGUCCCUCCCAAUGUCCCUCCCAGGCUGCAUUAUAUGCAGGCCUACCUUGGCAAUCCUGGGUGGGUUUGGGUUGCCUCCUCUGGGUAGCGUUAGGCGUUGAGGAAUUUCUGAGGGUCGAAUACCAAAGAAUCUGGAUAAGAAUCGUCAAAGAGUGGCCAAAUUCGACAACGAGCCGCCAACACUUACGAAAAGUACUGUGUCAGUUUUUGUUCAUCAGUUUAGUCUUUAUUCUCACGUGGCUGGUUUGGAGAAUUUUGUAUUUGGUGAACAUCAUCAGAACAAUUCUCAGUCAAGUUAACGCACCCCCCAACGCUACCGCUACACUACGUCAACAAGUACCAGAAAUCACAAGAACGAAUGUCGGUCCACCAAACGAACCACCAAACGCUUCCCCCAUACCACUCCAACAAGUACCAAGAACAAUUCCAACUCCUACACCGGAACCACCCCCUCCCUAUGAAGAGAGAGAGAGGGAACCAGAGCCAGAGCGAGGCCCAGAGCGACAGCACCGGCACCACCCCCUCCCGAUAAGGAGGGAGAGGGAUUCGGAACCAGAGCGAGGCCCUCAACCGCAGAAGCUGAAUUGAACUAGUAAUACGAACAAGUUCACGCCGUACACCAAGGUCAUAGUCACCAAGGACAAAGGAAACUUGAACAAGCAGUGUUCCAAGGGCAAGGCGGCAACGACCUUCCUCAGCCAGAAUCCCGACAAAAAGGUCGUCGGCGGUGUUGGACCGUGCAGUGGAGAGUCCCAGAUUCAGCACUAGAAGGACUGAACGGCCCCUGUUUCCAGAUGCGUAUGCCUUCGUCAAUGUACUUUUCAAAGCUUGGAAGAUCGCCAUUUAAUGAUCUAAUGGG